AUGGAUCUCCUUCCCACACUUGAGGCCUCUUGGAGGAGCCAGCAGCAGAAGAUAUGCGUGAUCGGCGCCGGUCCUGCCGGUCUGGCAGCCCUCAAGCUCAUUAAGGACUCGCCUCAGUACAAAGGUGGCUCGUGGACGGCGACUGCUUUCGAGGCGCGCGAUGGCGUAGGAGGCGUAUGGCUCCCUGCGCCUCCAACCCAAAAUCCUCCUCUAACUCCUCUCUACGAUUCCUUGACCACGAACCUGCCUCACCCAGUUAUGGCGUAUACCUCCUUGUCUUUUCCUCCUUCCACUGCUGCAUACCCCCCUGCAUCUAGCGUCUUAUCGUAUCUUCAAGGCUACGCGGAACAUUUCGGUCUCAUGGAGCUUGUUCAACUAAACACCUCCGUGACGUCGGUGACACGGGAUCACAGCACAGGCAAAUGGGUCGUCACAGUACGCAAAUCAAAACAAGAAUCCGAGGAGACCUCCUCCUUCGACUUUCUCGUCGUUGCAAACGGACAUUACCGCGUCCCGCGAACUCCGUCUACGCCUGGCCUGCAGCAAUGGUUUGACGUGAAGAGGGCAAUGCAUUCGGUGUACUAUCGACAUCCAUCCGACUUUGGAGAUGCGCGGACGGUGCUCGUUGUUGGCGCCGGUCCCAGCGGCUCCGACCUUUGCUCCGAUCUCCUCACGUCUGGCCGCUCCGUCGUACACUCCGUCACCAACGCCAAGUCCUCUGAUGAUCCUGACGGCCGUCUGAAAACUCGUGGACGCGUCGCAAGCUAUGGGGACCCUGAGAAGGGCGAGCUCACAUUCGAGGACGGAUCCACUCUGUCCGGAGUCGACUUCAGCGUCCUUGCAACAGGUUACAAGUUCGACUUUCCGUUCUUACCGGAGUCUAUUCUCCACCGUCUGGUACCCCCUGCUGUCCCGCCACUCCCCGGAAUCCUCUUCAACUCAACAUACAGCGUCUUCCCACUGGCCAAGCACAUUUUCCCUCUCGUCGGUGCCGACGAAUUCCCAGGCACAUCGGUCGCGUUCCUUGGGCUCCCCAUCCGCGUCGCACCGCUACCCCUGCUGGAAGCCCAGAUGGCCGCCGUUCUCCACGUUUUCGCCUACCCCACAGCCCUCGACGCGACCCAAGAAGCCCUCGACAUCGUCGAGCGGUACGAGACGAUCCGCGCUCACCUCUCGCGGCCCGCCGCGUCCGAGCCCGACCUCACGGCCCCGAACGCUUCCGCGGACCCGACCGAGCUCGCGAUCGCCGCGGCUUGGCACCGCUUCGACGGGCACGAGCAGUUCACGUACCGCGACGCGCUGCACGUCUUCGCGGGCUCGCCCGUGCGCGUCGCGCCGUGGGAGAUCGAGUCUUACGACGCGAAGGGCGAGCUGCGGGCGGAGUGGCGCGCGCUCGAGCGGGCGGGCGAGGCGGACGAGUGGGUGCGCGGUGUCGGUGCGGGCCCGGGUGGGGACGCGGAGUGGGUUGACCUGCUUCGGCGGCUGUUGAAGCGCGUGCGGGAUCGGCAGGAAGAGGAGAAGGGGAAGAGCAGGCUGUAG